UUGUCAGCCGCGGGCUUCACAGAUUUUACUCCUGGGACUCUCGGCGCAUCAGGGAGGUGUCUGUUGUGUUUGUGAAAGGGGCUGUCUUUGGGGUUUUCCUCAGGGCUUUACACUUGCUGGCUCUCCAAGGGCAUGCUUGUAGUCAUUCUCGUCAGUGGAAAUGCCCACCUGCCAGCAGAAGUUAUCUGGAACCAAGCACGGACACAGCCCCUGUCUGUGGUGCCGGUCUCUCUAGUCACUUCCCUUUUCUGUACCUGAGCUUGUCCUUAGUUCUCAGCUUAUUUCUCUCCGCACACGGAGUCCUGGCGGCGUGGGGAGCUGACAAGGCUCCUUUUACUUUUUUUUUUCUAAUCGAAAAAAAAGAGUACUUUUUUUUCUUCUAUUUUUUUUUUUCUUUUAAGCUUCUACUUUUUUUUCAAGCUCCUGUAGUCCUCGGGCAUGCUACUGUGCUUGUGUGUGUGGUCGUUGAGAGCCGCGGUGGAGAGGCACUGGUGACAUGUAUGUCCUCAAGACAUGUGCAGCCUGCACCAUGGUAUUGGGACUCCUCUUUGUGACCGCCUUCGUGCUCUCAGAUGCUGCUGCCAUGAAGAAACAAGCUUAUUUCAAUAGGACUGCAUACCUGCCAUGCCAUCCUACAAAGGCCCAGAACAUGAGCCUGAGUGAGCUGGUGGUAUUUUGGCAGGACCAGAAAAAGUCUGUCCUGUAUGAGCACUAUUUUGGCAGAGAGAAACUUGAUAGCGUGAAUGCCAAGUACCUGAACCGCACGAGCUUUGAUGGAGAAAACUGGACUCUAGGACUUCACAAUGUUCAGAUCAAGGACAUGGGCUUAUAUGAUUGCUUUAUACAAAAAAAGACACCCAAAGGAUCAGUUAUCCUCCAGCAGACAAAUACGGAGCUAUCAGUGAUCGCUAACUUCAGUGAACCUCAAAUCGAGGUUCAGUAUAAAGACAGGAAUUCUGGCAUAAAUUUGACCUGCUCAUCUAAGCAAGGUUUUCCAAAACCUACAAGGAUGUAUGUUUGGAUAAUGAAUUCGACUAAUUCCACCAGCGAGUACAGCGAUGACAUGCUGAUAUCACAAGACAACGUCACGGAACUGUUCAGUGUUUCCAUUAACCUCUCCAUCCCGUUCCCUGACGAUGUGUGGAGUGUGACCGCCGUGUGUGUUCUGGAAACCGAGUCAAUGACGACUUCCUCCACACCUCAAAAUAUAGUAAUCAUAAUGGAGAGCGAAGGGAGCGACAGACUGGAGAAAGAAUAGACAUCUGUGUACCAGAAAUAAGAAGCUCAGCAUUGUUCACAAUCCCAAACCACCCUCAGAUGACCCGAGAACUACACUUGAUUAAAGAACACAAUUCAUCAUCGUGUCCAUACUUUAUCCCUUUUCCUUUCUGAACUUUUGGACAACCUCUUUGAUUUUCCAGAAAACGAGAGACUAUAGUUAUUAGGGAAGGUGGAGCUCUGAGACUCCCUCUGGGUGGAAAAAGUUCCCCAUCAUUCCAGCUCUGUCUCCUGUGCCAGGAGCAGACACUAAUUCUGUCUUGCUUUGUUUGACUCGGUUCACACUCAGGCCUAGGACACUGAAAUGGCUCCAUGCUGGGGAAUGACCUUUUGGAUCAACCUCUCCCACUGCAGAUCAGAUUCCUCUCCUAACUUUGCAUAGUGCGUUUUUAUAUGGAACCCCUUGUUGUCGGAAUACUGGCUUUUAUCUGUCUUGAAUUCUAAAGUGAUAGCCCACUUCAUCUCGUAUCCUUGGAUGUGAACAAAACUACCUCUUCAGUCAGAAUAGGAAUGGUGUAUUUAAUGACGUUGUUUGAUGUGUUCAUGUUAGUAUGUUAAAAUAGAAAAGCAUGUCUACUAUCGUAGCAUAAUUACUAUGCUCUAGAAAAGAAAAACCCACCACUUAUAAAGAACACUCAUCCCUCUGUCCAGAUCAGUAAUAAAUACGAUGACCAAAGUAAUGCACAGGUAACAGCACAGAAUUCACAAUGCUGGGAGAUCGAGGAAACCAGCAAUGGAACCAUCCGUGGAUCCAGGGACCACUCCUGUCAGGGCUGCUGCUGAUAUUGGGAGAAUCCACCCAAUCAGCGAGCAAUUAACAAGCUUUUGCAGGCAGCACUGAAAAAAGCAAGAUGCCCUGAGUCCUUUUUGUCCUCUUGAGAAAAAUGGGAUGCUGGUGGUGAUGGUCUGGAGACAGCUGUACAAGGACAAGAUAGCAAAACACUCAAAACAAGAGGAAAUUAAUAGAGUCCAACCGACAAUGCUCAUAGAAGGAUUGAAGAUCUCCCCAGUCCUUGGACAAGUCCAGAAGCCAGGGACGGAUGGUAUGUCACAAUGGAUGUAGACAGAAAUUGCCUUGGUGGUGAACAGUCUUUUGAUGAUCCCCAUGCUUCAUCCAACUGGAGACAGAGUUCGGGAGAAGAGCAAUCACUGUGAUGAAAUGAGGGAGGAAGGCUAGGACUCUUUCAGCUCACGGUUUGAAUGGAAUUAGGAAAAGCAGAAAGCACAAGGGUACCCUAGUCUGCAGAUGUCCCAGCAAGCAUAUGUUGGCUCUUCAAAUAAGGACUUAAGCAACUGAUGCUGAAGACAAUGACAGGAAAACUAUGUACAGGAGAGAAAUAGCCUUGUAGAAAAGUGGUAGAACAUGGUGUGUUGAUAAGCCAUGGAGUAAUCACCAUCCAAACUUAAAGAGAACUUUGGGGAGUUCAAGCAGCAAAAAUUGUUCUUCAUAUUUUACAUAAAGGGCCGUGGAGGGCUGUAGACUGUUCUGCUGGUGAGAGGCUCAUGCUUGUAAUGCUUCCAUUCAUACGUCUUGCCCCUGCCUGUGCAGGCUCUUAGGACUGACCGAUUAAUAACAUGUUCUGCACAGAGUAGAUUCUAAUAAAGUUUUCUGGGUUUUA